AUGGCUCCUUCCGUGAUCAACGCCGGGAAUGGCGGCCGGAUCCACUCUGGCAGUGGCGGUGCAUCCUUGAGCAGCAAGACGAAUCGCCAUGGCUUCAGGAGCAUGAUCAAUGCUGCUGCUGUCUUGAUGGUGAUGUUGCUGACGGCGUCGGAUCUGCCGCCGAGUGUGCUCGCCGAGAAUAAGCAGCUUCCCUGCACGUAUUCGAAUAUCAAGGGGUACACCUCGUCCGUGCGUCCUUUUAAGGGCCUUUGA